UCAUAUGUUGAUACAAAGUUCCCACUUGUCAUUUUCUCCAGUUUAUAUUUUCUAACCUCAAUGUACCACGUGUAUUUCGUGAUUUUGUUAAUGAAUGUGAACAGUUAUUAAUAAUGAUAAAGUAUAAUUAUUUAUCUAUAUAAUAAGAUAAUCGAAAUUAUUGUUAAAAAUGCCUGGAGAUCAAGAAGACUUGGGGACAAAACACAAAACUCAUCGAGAUCGAAAUGCAGGACGCAAAGCGGAAAAGAAAAAGGCCAAAAAGACUCAUAUUCAAGAGUUAACUGAUAAACAGAGGAAUCCAAAAGCUUUUACCUUCAAUUCGGCGAUUAAAGCUGAAAGAAGAUUCAGACGUAAACAAGACAUAGAAACAAAAAAACAACAUAUCCCUUUAGUUGAUCGCACUCCUCUAGAACCGCCGCCAAUUUUAGUGGCAAUCGUAGGACCUCCUAAAGUUGGAAAAUCUCUGGUUAUUCAAUGUCUCAUUAAGAGUUUCACGAGACAUCCCCUCACAAACAUCACUGGUCCAGUUACUGUGGUUUCUGGUAAAAAGCGUAGAAUUACUUUUAUGGAAUGCAACAAUGAUAUAAACAGUAUGAUUGAUAUAGCGAAAAUUGCUGACUUGGUCCUGUUACUUGUCGAUGCUUCAUUUGGAUUUGAAAUGGAAGUUUUUGAAUUCCUAAAUAUCUGUCAAAUUCAUGGAAUGCCCAGAAUUAUGGGAGUUCUUACGCAUUUAGAUAUGAUAAAAAAUUCGACGCAAUUGAAAAAGACGAAGAAAUCAUUGAAGCAAAGAUUUUGGACUGAAGUUUAUGCUGGAGCCAAAUUGUUCUACCUCUCUGGAAUAUUGCACAAUGAAUAUUUACGAAACGAGGUGAAAAAUUUGGCAAGAUUCAUUUCUGUUAUGAAGUUCAGACCACUUACAUGGAGGACAACGCAUUCGUAUUUACUUGCUGAUAGAAUUGAAGAUUUGACGAGUCCAGAGGAAAUUAGACGAAAUUCAAAAGUCGAUAGAACUAUCAGUUUAUAUGGAUACGUACGUGGAGUGCCAAUGAAAAAAGAUUCCUCAGUUCACAUACCAGGAUGUGGAGAUUUACAAAUUAAAGAUAUCUGUUUUCUACCAGAUCCUUGUCCUCUUCCUGAACAAUUGAAGAAGAGAUCUCUCGUCGAGAAAGAACGUCUUGUUUACGCGCCCUUUUCAGGAGUGGGUGGAAUUGUCUACGAUAAAGAUGCAGUUUAUAUUGAUUUAGGUGGUAGUCACUACCACAAAGAUGACACUGGUUUACUCAGUGUCCUUCAGAAUCCCGAAGAGAUGCUUGAUGAAAAACUAGAGAAGAGUGAGCUGCAACUCUUCAGUAAUAGUGCGCCAAUUGUAUCGAAAGACGUUGAUGAAAACAUCUUUGGUAUUACCAGUGAAACUGUUUUAAAAGACGGUAGAGUAAGGCGAAAAGUAAUCUUUAAGGACAAACAAGAAGUCAAUGACGACAAAGAAGAGUUGAACGAUAUUGAGUCUGAAGAAGAGGAACAAAACGAUGAUAAAGAAAUCGAUCAAGAUGAAAGUGAAAGUGAAUAUGAGUCUGAUAUAGAAGAAAAUGAUUCAAAUGAUAAGAAAGAAUCACUUAAAUCUUGUAAUUUAAAGAGGAAGAAAAGUGAUGAAUCUAGUGAUAAUAGUUCCGAUGAUGAUUUAGAAGAACGUGAACCACAAGUACAUGUUAAAAUCAAGAAAAAGAAGAAUGAAGAACUACCAACAAGAAAUACAAAUUCUUAUGUGAAAGACAGAAUUGCAGAAGCACUGUCCCUGAUAAAUGCAAAAUCACCAACAUCAAAAAAUGUUAGUGAUGAAGAAGAAAGCUUUGAUGAAUUAAGUGAAAAUGAACGAGAAAAUAUGAGUUUAGAUGAGUCUGAUAAAGAUUCAAUUUACGAGGAUGAAGAAAUUGAUGAAAUUGAAAAAGAGGAAGAAAAUGAAAUGGGAAUUGAUGAUGAUGCAUUACGAUGGAGGAGAAAUUUAGCAGAAAAAGCUCGAGAUGCAUUUCUUAAUCGUAGACGAGAAAAUAUAAAUAUUGAAAAAAUUGUUUACAGCGUUUUUGAGAAAAGUAACUUACAAGAAGAGGAGAAUAAAGAUAAACAGCCAGAUGAUUCUGAAGAAGGUGUAGUAGGCGGAAUCUUUCAUUUGGUAAAGAAACAACAGCAGCAAAAACUAGAGGAACGUGAAGUAAAAAAUCAAGAAGAUCGUUCUUUUUUCUCGACAGAAUCUACUUUAGAUUGGUUAGUUAUGGAAAAUAAGGCUCUUUUAGUUAAUCGUUUUGUAACUGGAAAAUGGAAGGAAUCAGAAGACGCAGAGGAACUUUUGAAACUCAACGAUUUAAACGAUCAAGAUCUCUAUGGAGAUUUUGAAGAUUUAGAAACUGGGGAAAAAUUCGAAGCGAAAACUGCAGAUACUGAAACAGCUCCAAAGGAGGUAGACGACGAGGAAAAGGAGAAAAUGAAUAAGUUACUUGAGAAAAAAUUAAAACUCAAAAAACAAUUUGAAGCUGAAUACGAUGAAAAUGACAAAUCUUAUUACGAUGAUUUGAAAAAGGAAGCAGAGAAGCAGUCUCAAUUGAAUAAAUCAGAAUUCGAAGGUUUAGACGACGAAGUAAGAGUACAACUCGAAGGUUAUCGACCUGGGAUGUAUGUUCGAGUGGAAUUUGACUCGGUGCCUUAUGAACUAAUAGAACAUUUAGAUCCUUCUUACCCUCUGAUUGUGGGAGGCUUACUUCCUGGUGAACAGAACGUUGGUUACGUGCAAGUGAGAAUGAAGAAGCACCGAUGGUAUCCAAAGAUCUUGAAGAGCAGAAAUCCUCUCAUCAUAUCCGUAGGAUGGAGAAGAUUUCAAACCAUUCCCAUCUACUCGAAAUUGGAAGACAAUCUUCGAAACAGAAUGUUGAAAUACACUCCCGAGCAUGUGGCUUGCAUGAGUCAUUUUUGGGGACCAAUAACACCCCAAAGCACUGGUGUAUUGGCCGUGCAAGACGUUUCCACAAGGGAAUCGGGAUUUCGAAUAGCCGCAACUGGCACCGUCGUGGAGACCAAUAAAACUACAACAGUCGUCAAGAAACUCAAACUCACUGGCGUUCCACUCAAGAUUUAUAAGAAAACGGCUUUUAUCAAAGACAUGUUCAAUUCUGCUUUGGAAGUCGCGAAAUUCGAAGGAGUUCGAAUAAAAACGGUUUCAGGGAUUCGAGGUCAAAUUAAGAAAGCGGUUUCUAAACCUGACGGUUGUUUUCGCGGGACCUUUGAGGAUAAAAUUCAAUUAAGUGAUAUUGUAUUUUGUCGCACUUGGUAUAAAAUAGAUAUACCAAAGUUCUACAAUCCCGUAACUUCACUGCUACUGCCGCUUAGCGAGAAAAAUCAAUGGCGAGGAAUGAAAACUGUUGGUCAAUUGAAGCGUGAAAAUAAUAUUAAAGCACAACCAAAUGUAGAUUCAAUGUAUCAACCAAUUGAGAGGCCAGUUAAAUUUUUCAAGCCUCUAUUUAUUCCGAAGAAUUUACAAAAGGAGCUUCCUUAUAGAGAUAAACCGAAGAUGGCUCCAGUGCUGAAAAAGAGAAAGGCGAAAGUGGAAGAUAAACGUGUGGCUGUUGUUCUUGAGCCUAAGGAAGAAAAUAUUGCAAAAUUGAUGAAAAUGAUUAAGACGACGUAUGAACACAAAAAAGAAAAACAACAGGAAGCGACUCACAAAAGAAUUGCCGCCCAUAAGAAGAAGGUCGAGGCAGAGGAAAUGAAGAGAUUGAAAAGGCAUAAAGAGCUUAAAAAGCAAGUUUUCCGAACAUUAAGUAAAAUGGAAGCUAAAAAUAAGAAAUGAUAAAACUUAUUGUAAAGUAAAUACAAAUUUUGCUUUUGUAUUGUAAAUAAAGAUUUUUUAAAUUUAA